UCGCAUUGGGCCGGGUCGGCGUAACUCGAAGGAGAAAUGGAUUAGUAAAAGGCGUGCUAGAGUGAAAUCAGGGCACAGCUACGGCGAUCACUGAAGAGCCGCUCGCGGGUCGGUCUGUUGCUGUGGGCCGCAUACGGGAGAGCAGCAACACUGUAUCCUUAGCACUCCUGGCCCUAGCAGCGAUCCCAUACCCAGAAGUUGAAGGACGUGUUGCUGAGGGGGAUUGAGGUGAAUGGAGGGAAGUGAAGGUGGUGCUUGUGCACGCUGCAAAACAGCUUGGCACGAUGACGUGCGUCGUUUGGGGAACAACUUCAAAAGGUUGUUGGUAGACUGAGCGUCACUAACGUGAAAGUGAAGACGCAUAGAGCCUUGGAAGACAGCACCAAGCAGAGGAGUCAUGUCUUCGCGGGCCUUGCGCAAAGCUCAGCGAGAGCGUGAAGAGGAGAAUCUGCGCAAGCUGGCGAAGGCGGAAGACGAGGAAGAUAUUGAUGAACAUGUAUCACAAUCUGCCAAGCCGAGCGCUUUCGCCAUGCUCGGCGAGGAGGCUGACCAGGAUGACGAGGAGGACGAUGGCGGUGCGCCAAUGGGUGAUGAGGAUGACGAGGCGGCGGAUCAGCCUACGAAAGCCGUAGUGCCUUCAAAACCUGCGACAAAAAAGCGGAAGAAGAAGAAGAAGCCCAAAGCAAGCGGGGAUGCCGAACAGGCAGUAGAGCCCGCCGAAGACCUUGAUGAGAUUGACCAGGCACUCAAGGCGCUCUCGGCCAACGGUCAUGCGGCAGAUGAAGGUGCUACAGCGGCAGGCGUAGAUAACAAGGUCAACGAAGCUUGCCGACUUCUAGCCAUUGACACGCACAAUCUCCAUGCCCAGAACGAGAUGCGGAGGCUCUUCGGUCGUGCGGCUCUGGAACAUAACGACGAUGACGAUGCCGGACAGCCCAAUCAGGCAGCUGGUGGCAACCGGCAACAACAGAGACGUGGACAGCAGGCUGGGCUUGCCCAAGCACUUCGCGGCCAGGGCGGCGGGCGGUCUGGCGGCUUAGCAGCCAUGGCUCUUCGCCGAAACAUCUUCGUGCAGGGCAAAGAGGAGUGGCCUGUUGCCACUGGUGGCGGGCUUGGCAUGGAGAUUGAGGAGAAGCGCGCCGACGGGACUGUGCUCUAUCGCUUCGUGCACAACCGUGCUUAUCAAGACGUCCAAUCUCAAUUUGAAUCUUGCGUGGAGAGCAUGGAUCCGAACCGACUCGUCCUACUGCUGCAGCAUAACCCAUACCACAUAUCUACGCUUCUGCAGGUCUCCGAGAUUGCCAAGCAAGAGCGCGAUCACGCUACAUCCGGAGAUCUGCUGGAAAGGGCGCUCUUCUCCUUUGGUCGAGCCGUCCACUCCACCUUCGCUAAGAACCUGGGAGAAGGCAAGGCGCGGCUAGACUUCGCACGGCCUGAGAAUAGGGAGUUCUGGCUCGCAAGCUGGCGAUACAUGCAGAAUCUCUCCAUGCGAGCGACAUGGCGUACUGUAUACGAGUGGGCAAAGCUGCUACUAUCGCUAAGUCCACAGAAGGAUCCAUAUGCGUUAUGGCUCGUUCUCGAUCAAUAUGCACUACGCUCAAGGCAAGACCUCGACUAUAUCAAUAUUAGCCGAAACAGCACCCUAGGCGCCGUCCACGAAGAUAUGCCGAAUGUCGAGCUUAGCCGAGCACUGGCCGAAUGCCGGGCUGGUAACAAGAACAAAGGCAAACAAGCGCUCUUCACCGCUGUCGGGCGGUAUUCGUACAUCAUAGCGAGACUGAUGCAUGAGCUUCAACUUGACCCUCCACCAGCGGUGUGGGGCAAGGAACCACGGACAGAGAAGGAGAAGCUUCACACCGAGCUCUAUGUCCGUGCCAAGGAUGUCUGGAACACGCCUGAAGUCACUAACAUGCUUAUCGAAGUGGCUGCUGCAGUACCAGCCGAGACACCCCCGACGGCACCACUCGCUACUGAGAUCACAGAAGCCGAGGCCCGUCACGUCCUGCUCUCCGACACCCCGUCGCUGAUUGCCCUCCUGCCGAGAAGCUUCACGGCGAGGUUGACUUCGGUCUCCGAUCCUUUGCCACCCGAGACUGAUCGUCCGUCUUAUACUAUUACAUACUCUCACCGAGAGCGAGGCGGACGUGGUCCAGGACCGGUGCCGCAGAACCCACAGGCGCUGAUUGAGAUGCUUAGGGCUCAGCUGGCGCGGCAAGGGGUAGAGCUGGACGACGAGGACUUGGCUGACUUUGGUCCCGACUUGCCUCAGCAGCUGGGCUUUCGCGAAGACGACGAUGGCGAACACGGCCAUCGAGCUCGGGUCGAAGAUGCGGAUGACGAUGAUGGAGAUUGAGGCCUGAUUUCUGCUCAGUCCCAGUCAUCGAAGCCGUGGCUCCGAAGUCCAAUGAUCGAAGGCGGCCGCUCAAACGGAUUUCCAACGCUCUCAGUGCGGCCUACGCGUAGUUUUCCAGCGACAUUCUGG